UAGCUAAAAACGAAGUACAGUGCAUCGCCAUAAUUCACUAAUACAUCAUAAAUCGUUGAAAGUACCCGCGUUAUAACGACCAAGAGAAAUCUAACAAAUCAAGCGCCCCUUAGUACUCAACUGUAAGUCUGCAACUCUCUAAAACAACCUAAAUGAGCUCGUACUUUGUAAACUCGUUCUCGGGGCGCUACCCAAAUGGCCCCGACUAUCAGCUGCUGAAUUAUGGAGCCAGCAGCGGCGCAAUGAACGGCGGGACGUACAGGGACUCUUCCUCCGCCACCAUGCACCAUGCUACGGGCUCCUACGGCUACGGCUACAAUGGCAUGGACCUCAGCGUCACCAACCGGGGAGGAGGGAGCAGCAGCGGCGGCCCCGCCGGCACCGGAGGACACUUCGGAGGCGCCUCGAUCGUCGGUGACUCCCGGAGCUUCGGCUCACCGGCCCCGGACAGGGGCUUCAGACAGGCGUCCAGCUGCUCCCUCGCCUCCGCGGCGGACUCCCUCCUGUCAGCCAGCAGUGAGAGCAUCAAGCUGGGUGCCCAGAGCUCCUCUCCCCGCUCGGAGCAACAAGGAAGCGGUAAUCUCAGCUCUCCAAACCUGUCCUCCUCCUCCGCCUCCUCCUCCGGCGGCGGCGGCGGCGGCACGGCGCAACGCUUCACCGAGCUGGACGACGCGUCGCCAGAACCCGAGGAGCUGCAGGCGCAUCAUAACCGGGACGGCGGUCACAGCGGCAGCCUGCCACCCCGGACCGGGCACCCUCAACCCGGGCAGAAGCAGGAAGGCGGCCCGACGGGAGCCGCCGCCGCCGCCGGCAGCGCGGCCGGCGACGCUCAGACUCCACAGAUAUUCCCCUGGAUGAGAAAACUGCACAUUAGCCAUGAUAUGACCGGUCCGGAUGGAAAACGGGCGCGGACCGCGUACACCCGCUACCAGACGCUCGAGCUGGAAAAGGAGUUUCACUUCAACCGGUACCUCACGCGGCGGCGGCGGAUCGAGAUCGCGCACGCGCUCUGCCUCACGGAGCGGCAGAUCAAGAUCUGGUUCCAGAACCGGAGGAUGAAGUGGAAGAAGGACAACAAACUGAAAAGCAUGAGUCUGGCCACCACCGGCAGCGCCUUCCAGCCCUAGACACGAAAGCACUUUAACGAAACCGAGAAUCCGUGAAGAGUUCAUCCCAACGGAGCUUCACGAGCAGGUUUCCCGGGAAGGAAGCGGGAAAGGAACAGUUUAAAAAACAUCACUUGAAGAAAAAAACACACACCGGAGGAGGUCAGCACAAAGCGGAGCGAUGGAAGAAGACGGUGAUGAAGAGAAGAAAAUAUUCCAAAUAUAGAUAUUAAACGAAAGCUGAGUUCUGUACAGCAGCGCAGCACUUUUUAUUUGUUAGGCAUGUUGGUGUUUUAAGGCAACGUAAAAAUAAUGACUGUGGUACUUAAAA